GGGAACUACAUCCCCCGUCGUGCCCCAUCUGGAGGUCGGAGGGAUACUCUGGUGCUGCGCAAGGAGACAGUAGGAAGAAGAGGAGGAACCAGCACCGCGACCAGGAGGAAGAUGUCAGGCGGGAAACCUGUGGCUCAGAGUUAUGGAGCAAAGGACGACUUUGUCAGAGUCAGGAAACGGGACUUGGACAAGUUGACCACCGAGGUCAUGCAGCUGAGAGAGUUCCUGCCCAGGGUCCUGAAUCGGGGCCUGGUAGAGAAGCUGCAAAAAGCUCAAACAGCCCAGACAAUGAAGGAGCAGCUUGUGAAGGAACAAGAGCAGCUGCGACAGGAGCUUCUGCACCUUCAGUCGCGACUGGACGCAGCGCAGACCGAGUGUCAGAAAGAGAGAGAGGAUAAGCUGCUGUUGCGUGACCAGCUGUGGCAGAGUGGCAUAGAGCUGCAGCAGCAGGCCGACUUCUGCUCUGCUCUGGGAUCCGCCACCUGCAGUCUGCUGUGGAGCUGCUCUGCCUCCGAGGACACCAUCACACACUGGCUGGCUGACGGGAAGCUAAAGUCCUUUCUGGCGGUCGCUGCUCAGACUCUGGAGAGCUUCGUCGGGUCGUUGGAUGCGGAGGUGAAAACCGAGGACCACAACUCCCAGGAGCACCAGUUUGUGUUGGCGCUGGCCGGAACCAUCACUAACAUAGCAGCUUUACCAUGUGGGAGGAACUUCCUGUCCAGCUCGGUUCACAUCCUCCUGGACACUCUGAUGAAGCUUCUGGAGCAGAUGAAGCCGGGGGUCUUCCCCAAACUCAAAGUGCUGAUGCUGAUGGCGCUGUAUAACGUCAGUAUCAGUGUGAGCGGGCUGAGGUACAUCAGUGAGAACCCAAGACUCAUAACUCUGAUCUGGAGCCUGCUGAACGAUGGAGACUGGGAGGUGUGUCUCCACUCUCUGCGUCUCCUGCAGUCGGUGCUGUUGGAGGAGGAGGCGCUGCUCCUACUGGGCUCCUCUCUGCUCGACCCGGACCUCCAGGCCCGGGUCAGCCACCUCACGUCCAGCGCCAAGCCGAGCCUGAGAGCGGCCGCCCAGCAGACCCUGGAGGAUCUGAACGCCCUCCAACAGGGUCAGGGAUGUAAACAGAUCAGCCUCUGA